CACCAGUGCACAGCAGUAGUUCGGCUAGAUUUGCUGCUAGCCAGAGUGGAUCAGCUGGUGUUUUUCCGGAGUGUGUGUUUACAUGACCCUUUCUCCUGCUAGUAAACUCACCUAUCUGAAGAUGUGCCGCUAAAGAAUGCGAUAAAUAUUGCAUAUGCAGUGAGUUUGGAGACUCUCUUGUGAUCCCUAUUGUCAUGGAGAAGCCAUGGAGGUUAUGGGGGGCACUGGAGGCAUUUUUGCUGGCCGUGUGUGCGUGGUCGUGGGGAGCUUGCCGCAUCUCCCUGCUGGCCCUCAUUUUGACCUUCCACCUGUACGGAGGCUUCAUACUGCUGGCACUCAUCUUGGCCUCUGUGGCCGGAAUCCUGUUCAAGUUCCAGGACGUCCUGCUUUUCUUUCCAGAUCAGCCCUCAUCCUCACGCCUCUACGUUCCCAUGCCUACCGGAAUACCGCACGAGAAUGUGUACAUCCGCACUAAAGAUGGUGUGCGGCUCAACCUUAUCCUGCUCCGCUACACUGGCGAAAACCCCGCCGCCACCCCCACCAUUUUGUAUUUCCAUGGCAACGCAGGGAACAUCGGCCACCGUGUGCCUAAUGCCCUUCUCAUGCUGGUCAACCUGAAAGCCAAUGUGGUUUUGGUGGACUACAGAGGCUAUGGUAAGAGUGAAGGAGAACCAAGCGAAGAGGGACUCUACCAGGACGCCGAGGCUACCUUGGAUUACAUCAUGACCCGCCCGGACAUCGACAAAACAAAAGUGGUGCUCUUCGGCCGGUCAUUGGGUGGUGCGGUGGCCAUCCGUCUGGCUUCAGGGAAUCCACAUCGAGUGGCCGCCAUUAUGGUAGAGAACACUUUCUUAAGCAUCCCGCACAUGGCGGCCACACUGUUUUCUUUCUUUCCCAUGCGUUACCUGCCACUCUGGUGCUACAAGAACAAGUUCCUGUCCUAUAGACACGUUCUUCUGUGUCGUAUGCCAUCUGUAUUUAUCUCAGGCUUAUCAGAUCAACUCAUUCCCCCGGUCAUGAUGAAACAGCUUUACGAGCUGUCUCCAUCUCGGACUAAACGCCUCGCCGUCUUUCCGGAGGGUACGCAUAAUGACACCUGGCAGAGCCAGGGUUAUUUUGCCACUCUGGAGCAGUUUAUGAAGGAACUGCUGAAAAACAAUGCCCAGGAAGAGACAGCACAGGCGGCAACUAACGUCACUAUAAUCUAACAGUUUUUUCUGUUGACUGCUCGAAAUUCAGACUCUCUCAGAUAGGAUGUACAAUUCUUUUUUUGUUUCUUUUCAUUGAUCACGGUCUUGGAAUUCAUUAUUUACAAUUUCAUUAUUAAAUGGAGAAGGCUACAUUUUCAAGGUUUGAAAAUUCAGGAUUUCAGGAUUUUAUUAUUUAUUUAUUUUUUUUUAAAAAGGAAUAGUUCACCCAAAAAGUCUGAAAAUUCUGUCAUAUUUUACUCCAUGCUGUUCCAAACCUAUAUGACUGACUUUCUAAGUAACGAUAAUGAAAGUGAAUGGGAACUAAAUCAUAUGGACUACUUUUGUGGUACAUUUAUGGUGCUUUUUUGAAGCUCGACAGCCCCAGUCCCCUUUCACUUUCAGGACCAGUGUGAAUAUUCUUCCCAUUUGUGUUCCAAAUGACAAUCAAAGGGUUUGAAACGACAUGACAGAAUUUUCAUUUUUGGAUGAGCGGUUCUUUUAAAGUAUGAAUGCCCCACUAUUUAGUUAUUUGCCCAAUCACAACUGUCAGAACUUCUUUCUUAUAUUUUGUUUGAAACAGAACAAGAGGGCUCAUAGUGAUGCUUUUCAAAACCUUUCAGUAUCACUGAAUACAGUUAAAUGGACCAGGGGCAACUGAUCCUAGUUCAGUAAUUUUUGUCUACAGCAUUUCAUGCAUUCAGUCUAUUGUACUCGCCUAUAUUGUGUUAGAGCUUUAUUGUAUCUCACUCAGGAAAUCAGCUCAUUGUGGUUUGAUCCCAUCUUUUAGAUUUGCAUUUGGAACUUGUGUGUGAGAGGUAUAGAUUUCUACCACUGAUUUUCAUGUGGGCUGCAGGACACCAUGAGCACUGAAUGAAAAUACCAACACAAAAAGCCUAAAGUUUGUUUUCUCUCCCAUCUCAGGCUUUGUGAUCUUCUGAAAGUAAGAGUAAAAUCGCACAUAUUAGCUGUUUGACUGUUUCAUGCACAGUCCAUUUGCAUAAGUUGUAAAUAAGAUUUUUUUUAUGUAUUUUUUUUUUUUUAUCACGGCAAGUGCUUAACAUCAAUUCUUUGCCUACAAUUUGUUUUGUUUUGGAUCACAUUGGAAACCUUGCCCACUGUAGCCACAGAUCCAUUUUAUUUCACCAUUAACAGUUCCCUUAAAGAAAUCGUUCACCCAACAAUUAUAGUUAUGUCAUUAUUUACUCAUUCCAAACUGUAUGACUUUGAAGAAGAGCAUUUUUUUAAGAAUGUUAAUGCUGCUCUUUCGCAUGCACUAAAUGGGGACUGAGGUUUUUGAGCUCCAAAAGUGACAAAAAGCAACAUAAAAGUGGUCUGUGCAACUUGAUUUGAAUCGUAAUUUGCUGAAGAUCUACUAAAUACACUACGGUUUAUUCACACUUGCAUGUUGCGAUUGGUCACAGGACAUGCAAGAACCAACAACCUUUGCAAUAUUGACAUUCAAAUUGGCGUGGCAUGACUGGACUCCACAUAUUUGAAUACAGGGUCAUAACCACAAUCGACAAAGGAUUGUCAUUAAGAUGUUGCAGGGAUUACAUAAUGAUUUAAAUAAGUAAAAAAAAAAAUAUCAUGCUCAGAAUUCUAAUACCGCUCAUCAGUGUUGUUUGAGAUCAAUCAAAUCAAAGAAGGCGGGACUCACUUUUCAUAGAAGCUAAAUGGGAACCUAGUGGAUUAUUCUAGCGGCACAGAGCAGUACGGUCAGCAGUUCCGAUUAAGAAUUGUUUUUUUUUUGUUUUUUUUGGGGGGGGGGGAUUUUUUUCCCCUUUUUCUCCCAAUUUGGAAUGCCCAAUUCCCAAUGCGCUCUAAGUCCUCGUGGUCGCAUAGUGAUUCGCCUCAGGCCGGGUGGCGGAGGAUGAAUCCCAGUUGCCUCCGCGUCUGAGACAGUCAACCCGCGCAUCUUAUCACAUGGCUUGUUGAGCGUGUUGCCACAGAGACAUAGCACGUGUGGAGGCUUCACGCCAUCCACCACAGCAACCAUGCUCAAUUCACCAUGCGCCCCACCGAGAACAAACCACAUUAUAGUGACCACGAGGAGGUUACCCCAUGUGACUCUACCCUCCCUAGCAACCGGGCCAAUUUGGUUGCUUACGAGACCUGGCUGGAGUCACUCAGCACGCCCUGGGAUUUGAACUAGCGAACUAGCGAACUCCAGGGGUGGUAGCCAGCGUAUUUUACCACCGAGCUACCCAGGCCCCCCAGAUGCAAUAUUUGCCCAAUAUUUUACAAUAGAAAUGUUGUACCGAACAACAGUAAUUUCCAAGGUUGCAAACUACUCACCUUUUGGCGACAUUAGCUGUUUGAAUUGAAAAUAUGUCAUGUAUAUUAUGUCGUUUUAUGUCAUUUGUAAUUGUCAAUGGGAAAACAUCAACGUAGCAGUUUCAGCAUAUCAUGCAUAAGACAGAGCGAAUUGUGCAUAUUAUGAAUAUAUGUGGUUAUAUGGCUAGCUUUAAUCACUUCAAAAAAAAAAAAUCACUUGACGUUGUCUUUGAAAAUAAUCCUUAACUCAUCAUCACCUUCAAAUGUGAACUAAAACAUAAGACCAGUGGCUUUGACUCCAUUUUUUUUUUUUUUUUAAGGUUGUGACAAGAACAAAUCAUAUUCUUUAUGAAAAUAUUAUUUGCAUUAAAUUGUGCAUAUCUUUCAAAAGAGAUAUUAUAUCUCUUAUAUAGAGAUAUAACCUUGUUAGGUCUGUGCUAAAAAAAAUUAAAAAAAAGAGCCACCAGUUAAAGGAGUAGUUAACCUAAAACUGGAAAAUUCGGUCAUUUACUCACCCAGUUCAUUUACAUUGUCAUUUAACGCAGCUCUAUUCCAUAGAAUGGCAGUUUAUUGUGAGCAGAAGCUGUCAAGAUUCAAAAAGGACAAAUACAAUAAAGCACUAGUAAAGGUGCAGUAUAAAGUCAUCAUAACAGUAGUCCAUAUGACUUGUGCACUAUAUUCAAAGUCUUCUGAGGCAUACAGCAGCUUUGCGUUGUAUAGACUACUUUUAUGGUAUUUUAAUGGUGAUUGAAGGCAGUGGUCAAUAUGAGCUGUUCUUUUAUGGAAAAGAGCAGUGUAAAGAUUCUUGAAGAAAAGAUUGGGAAAGAUUCCACUUAAUGUAAAACAAUAUUCAAUUUUGGGCCUUUAUCACAUUUAAAGCCUUUGUUCCAAAAGUUAUUGCAUUCAGCACCUACUAUUUUAAGGACCAAUAGACUUUAUUUACUGUAGUGCCAUAUUUGAUUUUUGAUGGCAAUGAAAAGGCAGUGAGGGUUAGACUUGCAGUCUCUUCAGUGGCAUACACUGUAUAAAGCUAGAUCACAUAAAAAUUUCCACAACUCAUGUUUUCUGGAGUAAUUUAUAAACUGAAUUGUAUGUUCAAGUCAUGGUUACAGCCUUGUUUGAAUAUGUAAACACAGAACUAGAUUUUCAUUGAAUUAAGGCAUACAUUUUAGUCUCUUCCUCACACAAGCUAUCAAAUGGCUUCUGAAGGCUUAAGAGCAGCUUUUUUGUCAUUUCUGGAGCUUGCAUUGUAUGGAGAGGAACAGCAACAUUCUUCCUUCAUCUUUUGUGUUUCAUGGAAAAAAGUAAUCAAGAGUUUUCAACAACAUGAGUGUGAGUAAAUGAUGACUGACUCUUCAUUUAUGGGUGAACUAUCAAAUCAUUCUUGACAAUUAACUUGAAUCAGAAGUUAAGACAUGGACGAGGUGCAGAACAGUGACAUGUCCUUUCUAUUGUCCAAAUUAGGUGAUUGACAGUCUAGUACCCAGUAUAUAGUGAUCAUGAAUGGUGGACUUUGCAAACCUGACCCAUUAUGUAGUGAGUGUUGGAUCAAUGCACAUUCAAGUUUGUAAUAAUUGCCUGCCAUAGAUGCUCAGUACAUUUUGUUUAAACUUCAAAACAUUUUUUCACUUUAUUGUAAUGCGUCAACUGCAUGUGAAUGUUAAGAUUUCAAGACAGAGUGAUUUAAUGCCAGUUUGCAUGCAAAUCAUGUCUACAAUCAUGAUAUCUACAAACCAGAGAUUAUCUCAGGCUUCCAAAGUCCCCCUUUCAAGAUUUGACGGGAACUUUCAGGCUUGUAGUUUGCAAGGGUGCUUGAGAGAUUGUUUAUAUAUUAGCACAGUGUGUCCAGUGUUAUUUAUUGUUAUUAGUUAUUCAUAGUCUGGACUGAGCAGAGGAACAAGUGGAACCAGCCAGUGCAAGACAGUGUUCCCAAGACACAGGAAUUUGUGUGGUUUCAGCACAUACUGUAAAUAACAUUGUUACUUUUGUUUAUCAGUUUUUUGACCUUUUCAAAAUAAUUUUUGGUCAUUUGAAGGGUCAUUGCUUGGCCAUUAUUGAUUCAGAUGAACUGCCUCUAAAAACCAAGGAUAAUUGAUUUUAUUUUAUUUUUUCCCAAAAUAAUAAAUGCUUAUUUUUUGUCAAAUGUAGUCAUGUAGUUGCGAAGCAUUUUGUUAAACUUAGUGAUGUGCCAUGAAACCUGAUUGAAUGGCUGUGUGGUUGAGUGCAAACCUUGGAACUGUAUCAAUAACUUGGAACAAAGAUGCUGAAAUAUGAUGAAAUAAUGAAAAUACUACUACUGAGUUUACUAGAUCGGACUAAUAAAUCAUUGGCAUGUUCUGGACAUUCUCUGGGGCUAGUUUGUACUGUAUAUUGAAAUCUCAUUUCAUCAUGUUCAUAAACUGAAUACAUGGAAUAAUAUAAAGCGCUGCUCCUGUUUUGUAUUUGCUUUUUACAGGGGUAUUCUUUCAACAUUUGUGUUUUGAGCUAUGGAUUUUCUAUUCAAAUCAUUUGUCAUUGUACAGUUAGUCAGAAGUUUACAUACACCUUAGCCAAAUACAUUUAAACUCAGUUUUUCACAGUUUGACAUUUUAUCAUAGAAAACAUUCCCUGUCUUAGGUCAGUUAGGAUCACUACUUUAUUUUAAGAAUGUGAAAUGUCAGAAUAAUAGUAGAGAGAAUAAUUUAUUUCAGCUUUUAUUUCUUUCAUCACAUUCCCAAUGGGUCAGAAGUUUACAUACACUUUGUUGGUAUUUGGUAGCAUUGCCUUUAAAUUGUUUAACUUGGGUCAAACGUUUUGGGUAGCCUUCCACAAGCUUCUCACAAUAAUUUGCUGGAAUUUUGGCCCAUUCCUCCAGACAGAACUGGUGUAACUGAGUCAGGUUUGUAGGCCUCCUUGCUCGCACACGUUUUUUCAGUUUUACCCACAAAUAUUCUAUCGGAUUAGGUCAGAUCCUUGUGAUGGCCACUCCAAUACCUUGACUUUGUUGUCCUUAAGCCAUUUUGCCAUAACUUUGGAGGUAUGCUUGGGGUCAUUGUUCAUUUGGAAGACCCAUUUGAGACCGAGCUUUAACUUCCUGACUGAUAGCUUGAGAUGUUGCUUCAAUAUAUCCACAUAAUUUUCCUUCCUCAUGAUGCCAUCUAUUUUGUGAAGUGCACCAGUCCCUCCUGCAGCAAAGCACCCCCCACAACAUGGUGCUGCCACCGCCAUGCUUCACGGUUGGGAUGGUGUUCUUCGAAUUGCAAUCCUUACCCUUUUUCCUUCAAACAUAACAAUGGUCGUUAUGGCCAAACAGUUCAAUUUUUGUGUUAUCAGACCAGAGGACAUUUCUCCAAAAAGUAAUAUCUUUGUCCCCACGUGCACUUGAAAACUGUAAUCUGGCUGGUUUAUGGUGGUUUUGGAGCAGUGGCUCCUUCCUUGCUGAGCAGCCUUUCAAGUUAUGUCGAUAUAGGACUCGUUUUACUGUGGAUAUAGAUACUUUUCUACCCGUUUCCUCCUGCAUCUUCACAAGGUCCUUUGCUCUUGUUCUGGGAUUUGUACUUUUCACACCAAACUACAUUCAUCUCUAGGAGACAGAAUGCAUCUCCUUCCUGAGGAGUAUGAGGGCUGCGUGGACCCACGGUGUUUAUACUUGCGUACUAUUGUUUGUACAGAUGAAUGUGGUACCUUCAGGUGUUUGGAAAUUGCUCCCAAGGAUGAACCAGACUUGUGGAGAUCCACAAUUUUUAUUCUGAGGUCUUGGCUGAUUUCUUUUGAUUUUCCCUUGAUGUCAAGCAAAGAGGCACUGAUCUUGAAGGUAGGCCUUAAAAUACAUCCACAGGUAUACCUCCAAUUGACACCAAUUACCCUAUCUGAAGCUAAUUGUCUAAAGUCUUGACAUCAUUUUCUGGAAUUUUCUAAGCUGCUUAAAGGCACAUUUAACUUAGUGUAUGUAAUCUUCUGACCUACUGGAAUUGUGAUACAAUCUGUCUGUAAACAAUUGUUGGAAAAAUUACUCGUGUCAUGCACAAAGUAGAUGUCCUAAACGACUUGCCAAACUAUAGUUUGCUAAUAUGAAAUCUGUGUUUAAAAAAUUUGUUUUAAUGACUUCAACCUAAGUGUAUGUAAACUUCUGACUUCAACUGUAAGUGCAAAUGAAUCACACUUUCUAUUUUCCGUGUGCUGACAUGCAAUAAAGAAAUCAAACCCUUCUGAUAACUUGGCUGCAAAAGUGUCUAUUUUUGAAGUGGUGGCUUCCUGUUUCUGGUUUUGACUGUGGAGACACUUUUUCUUUCUUUUUUUUGUUUUAAGAAAAUAAAAGUUUUAGAGUUUUCUAUAUCAAAAAUCUUCUGGAUUUGUUUCGUUGAAAUGAACACAUCCUUGUGGGCUAUUAAUUAUGAUUUGCACAUUUCAACCCUGACACUUUCAUUUAUUGCC